GUCGACUUCUCUGCGACCGAAGGCAUUUUGAGGUCCUGGUAAGUUCAAACGAACUUGAAGCCCAGAGCAGACUUAGCUUCCUCUUCACCGGCACCAACUGCGAUGCAUAACAUCAAGCGUACUCGACAGACUCCUGAGGCUCUUGCAGAAAAGAAACAGCGAGAAAAGUCCAAGAUCGAAGAGUACCAGGUGUUAACAGACAAUGUACUAUCUCGAAAGAAGAAACAGGAGUGGAGCAAUGAUGCGUUUGAAUUAACUCAGCGUUUGCUUCAGAUCAACCCUGAAUUCUACACCGUGUGGAAUUAUCGCCGGAACAUCCUACUCAAUGGCAUAUUUCCCCAGAGUACUCCCGAGCAAAUUCAUGAUGUUCUUUCUAACGAACUCUCUAUGACCACUACGGCUUUGAAAGCAAAUCCGAAAGUCUACUGGAUAUGGAAUCACCGUUGCUGGUGUCUCGAGAAUGUCCCAGACGGGCCGGAACGCAAUGGGAUACCGUCUAUGGAGUGGAGACAGGCAAAUUGGGACAAGGAACUCUUUGUAGCGGAGAGGAUGCUUGAUGCAGAUGCGAGGAAUUUCCACGCUUGGAAUUAUCGCAGAUACGUCCUCGCGAACAUGCCCACAAGAAGGCCUGAGACUUCAGAGUUGGCUUACACGUCUCGCAAGAUUGGAGCGAAUUUCUCCAAUUUUAGUGCAUGGCAUCAAAGGUCUAAGACCUUACUCGGACUUUGGGAGAGUGGUCAGCUGGAUCCUGUCCAGUCGAAAGAUGAUGAGUUCGAGCUCGUAAGCAACGCAUUAUACACUGAUCCAGACGAUCAAAGCGCGUGGAUAUACCAUAGAUGGCUUAUCGGCUCUGGGGAAAGCAAAUCACAAUUGGAACGCGAGAUACAACUCAUUACGGAGUUACUCCAAGAGCAACCUGACAGCAAAUGGUGCAUGGAGUCAUUAGUCCACUAUAAGCGACUCCUGCUCCAAAAUCACUUGCCGAAUUCCCAAACCCUGAAACAGGAGUGCGUAGAGUUACUUUCUCGGUUGAUGGGCUUGGACCCUGUCCGGUAUCUUAGAUAUCAGGAUUUAACGAGGGACCUCGAUCAGUAGUUCAUUUUACCCAGUCUUCCGCUUAAUCUAUGUUGUUGCGCUGCUCAAUUGCAUCUCAUUUUCAUGUCUGCCUCUCAGGUGCUUCAACAAGCCGUGA